AUGAGGAACUUGAGUCCUCAAGGGCCUACGGCUCCGAAAGGCUUCUUUGGCUUGCCAGCGAAGGUACACCAACGCAUUUAUGAGAGUGUACUCAUUUUGGCGCACCCAAUCUAUCUUUUUCAUGGCCAAGGAUCGCAAGUAGAGGUAUUUGCGCCAGAGAAACCACGAAAAUGGCUCGCGCUCUUUCAGACCUGCCGGCAAAUGCACAAGGAGGCUAGCGCGGUCCUCUAUGGCUCCAAUAUCUUCAAUCUCGUGGACACAACGGAGAAGCAACCCGACCUGCUGCAUUCGUUUCUUACAUCCAUUGAGUCUUUGAAUUCCGGUGCCCUUAAGCACUUGUGUAUCCAAUUUCCUGGCGUGGAGAAUACGCAGGAUCGUGCUCGGCGAUGUAAGCUAGCGGAAGAAAGCCCCCGCAGUCUGAGUCUUCCCCAGCAGGAAUGUAUUCGCUUAAACUUAAAGACACUCGAAGUCUUCCUUGAUAACCUGAAGACGAGUGAUCUGGCCCAGUUAAUAGAGAACGACCCAACUUUAGCUACCGAGGCAUUGUCACAAAUUGAUGCGCAGCUGAACGCAAUUAGCUCCCUGGUACAUAUUAUUGUCAGAGUUUAUGACAAGAACCUGAACCCGUCAUUGGAGCUAUCCAUGAAAGAGCUUGGUUGGACCGUCUUACGUGGCGACUGA